AUGACAGCUCUAAAAGUAGUUAUGUUUCUCGGCACAGUUCGAGAAAAUCGAAUAGGACUUCGGGUAGCAAAAUUUAUUGAAAGAAAGCUGAAAGAGAGUAACCAUAACGUGACUGUAUUCGAUCCAGUAGAGUUGGAUCUUCCACUCUUAACUAAGCCGGUUUUUCACUACCAGGAUCGCGCCGAUGCUCCAUCCAAAUUGGUAGAAUGUGAAAAGACGUUAAAAGCUGCCGAUGCUAUCGUGUUAGUGUCAGCUGAAUACAAUCACAGUAUUCCGCCUGCACUAUCCAAUUUAAUCGAUUAUUUCGGCGCUUCUAGUUAUUCAUAUAAGCCUAGCGGAAUUGUUUGCUAUUCAAUGGGACAGUACGGUGGAAUGAGGGCUGCUAUGCAAUUGCGUAGCAUGUUGGGGGAAAUUGGCUCCUUAAGCACCUCCUAUAUAUUUGGUGUUCCCAAAGCUCAUCAAAUGUUUGAUGAAGAAGGCAAUCCUCUAAAUGAUUACAUGAAUACCAGUUAUCAAAAAUUUAUUACUCAAUUAGAUUGGUAUGCGAACGCAUUGCGAAAUCAUCGAGAAAGUGUUGGAACCCCUAACUAA